AUGGUCAUAUUUAAAAAACCCUUCUGGUUGGCUCACGAUGGCAACCCAAUCUUCUGCAUUGACAGCCACCCGUCUGAACCAAUAGUGGCAACAGGGGGAGGAGACGCUCGCGUCAAAGUCUGGAAUGUCGAAUCUUUGUAUAAACCGGAGGUGGACACACAAGAUGAACCAAAACUCCAGGCAGUCAUUCAAAUGUCACAAAACGUCAAUUGUUUACGAUGGUCACCAGACGGAGAACUUUUGGCUGCAGGAACAGACGAUGGCAUUGUGUCUAUUUUGUAUAUGUUGGAGGAUAAUCCUGAUGGUUUUUUUGAAAAGAAUUUGCUUUUCUUUCAAAAAUACGAUUACAAACACAAGUUGGUCGGUCACUCAGAUUCGGUCACGGACGUCUCGUUCUGCUCGGACGGAACUAAACUGGCAUCGGCUUCGUUGGAUUCAAAAGUAAUGAUUUGGGACUUAAACACGGGAAAGCAGCUCAUCGUUUUACCAAACCCGUCAAGCGUUUUUGGCAUUGCGUGGGACCCACUAGGAAUUAUAAUUGUGGCGCAAUGCACCAAUUGUGCAAUUGAGUGGGACGUUCAAAGAGAAGCUGUGGUUAAUACAACAAAGGACCAAUUCAGCAGCCAGACACACACCAAUUUCUUUUUAAGACCGUGUUGGUCUCCCGAGGCAACACAAAUGCUCUUGGUAGGCGCAGUACAGAAGAAACAACCAGCUUCUCUAAUUCACAACAGAGUGACUGGACAAACUGCAUUUUUUGUUGGUCACAAAAACGAAGUGGUGUGCUCGAGGUUUUCUCCGUGUUUGUACAAGGUGACGACAGAAGAAGGGAAGAAGAGGGUUUUCAAUUGUUUUGUUGUUGGGGGAGUGGAUAACAGCUUGAGUUUGUGGGUGAGCAAGAGAGGGCAACUCUGUUAUUUAGAAAAUGCGUUCAAAGGGUGUGUGCAAGAUAUCACGUGGUUACCUGGAGGUUUAAUGUUCAUGGCGUGUUCGAUUGACGGGUUUGUGGGAUUUUUCAAGUUGACUGAAGCCGAAGUAGGAGGAACUGUAGAAACGAAUGAUUACGUCGAAAUGAAGAAACGGUCAAUCUAUCAGAAACUCAAGUCAAACGACGAGCAAAAAGUCGUCAAUAAAGAAGCACAAUUUACAAAAGCGCAAGAAAAUGAAAAUGUGACAGGAACUUCAAAAGAAGAAAAAAUUGGACAAAAAAUGGAAACUGAAAAAAUUGUGGAAAUUCCACUGCAUGGAAUAGUUCACGAGAGUGUAAACAACGGACCCCAAAUUGUUCUAAGUGUGCAUUCAGAAAACAAGAGCACACAGCCACACCAAACCGACCCGUCUCGCAAAAAGAGAAUUCAACCCAUCCUUGUUGUUGACAACCCCACAGAACAACAAAAAACGUCCACAACUUUGGGCAAUGUUUUACAACCCGAAAAACUUGUAAACGAGAAAUCAUCCGAAAAGAUGACUAAUGUCCAAAAAAUCACGAUGGAAAAAAACAAUGAGUCUGCAAGAAAAAGCAUCUCAUUAGAAGAUAAAAUGGAAAAACCAUUGAGAGAGGCAAAAAGCCUGAAAGACCACUUAAAAAGUAAGGAACAUUUGAAAAAAAGACUUAUGAAGACAAACAGUGAUUCUGCAGUCAGUGCAUUGAGAAAAGAAAUGAGCACGGAAAGUCCAUUGAAAAAUGACAACAAAGAAGACAGAAAAAGGUAUGUAGAAGACACAGAUAACACAACCAAAGAGAUGGAAAAACGUGGGGUGUUAAGAGAACUCGAGAACAACGAUAAAGUGAAAAAAUUGCAUUUGGUGAAUCGGGUCAUGUAUAGUUUCAUCAGCGAGUAUGACAACACGAGCAAAAUGAGCUUGAUUAAGGUGAUAAAAAACUUCAACCAGAAUAUGGUUUGGUCGACGGUUAUACCAUUCCAAGUCAAGACGAUUUUGGUGAACGAGACGAAGGUUUUGGUUGUGUGUGACGGGUUAUUGUACUUGUUUUGGAGUGAAAGUGGAAUAUUGUGUUGUUCUCCCGUCGUUUUGACAUGUAAAAUAUCGAAAGUGUUUUUUGACGAAAAGGUGAUAGUUGUUGACAUUGUAGGUAAUGUCCACAUCAUGGACAACAAUUUUGUGAAAAUUAAAAGCGUGUCGGUGAUGCCGUUAGUGGAAAUGUACAAGAAGGAAAUUACCAAUGUCGUUUAUGUCAACGAGAGAGUGCUUGUGACGAUAAAAGAGCUCACCUUUGUUGUUUCGGAAGAGCAAUUCUUUUUGAUCGGGACGCCAGAGAUGGAGAGCUCAACCAUCGUGAACGAACAAAAAUCUGCACUCGAGUUGGGGAUAUUUGGGCAACUCAAGUUUGGAAUUCAAAGCUCUUUUGACACUUUGUUGAACAACUAUUUAUCCAUUUGCACGUCAUCCAAAGAUUCCAAACGAGUAAAAGCGCUCCAAACCGAGGUAAUGGCAUGUAUUAGUCUUAUGAAAGCUAAGAAUGCAAACGACCCACUAAUCGGGAAAUUUGAGGAACUCAGUGAGCGGAUUACCAGCAUUUUCAUCACGUUACCGAGUGAUAGCUGA